AUGCAGCGUCAGUGAUAUUCUGGUGUGUUUGCAAGCUUCCUGUUAACUGCGCGCAUGUUAGCAGAUCUCCACCGAGAGCACACCACGGAUAUUUGUGUGUUAACAUAGUUAACAUGAGUUAUAGAUCCGGUCGUGUGAUUGUGGCCAAAAGCGGAGACUCCAUGAUACACGGAAACGCGCAGCAACAAUAAAUACUUCUUUAAAUGGAGGAUCAAGUGUAGGCUCCAUCCUGCAGCUUAGGUGUAACUAACGCUUCAUAUCUUUAUAUGGUGAACAGGACACUAGAUGUCACACUACAUGGAGAGAAUGUGGUUUAUUGGACGUGAGAGGAUUCCCCCAUCAGGAACUGAAGAGCAGAAGUUCAGCUCUUGCAGCAGCACCUCGAGGCCCUGCAUGACAAUUAACCUGACUGAAAUGCUUCAGGCUGACAGACCUAAAACAGCAAAGAAGCCAGUUCCAAUCCGCCCCCCAAGCCCCAGAGUUUCUCAGCCACAGGGACAAGAGUUCCACCGCAGUGUCUCCUGUGAACCCACACCAAAACCAAUCAUCCGACAACGGUCACACUCUCUGCCCUCUGCCACACAGAAGAAGAAGCAGUGCAGAACUGCUGGUGUACGGUUUGUUGACGCUUUGGGAGUUGAUUUGGAAGACAUCAGGCUUUUCAAAUCUGGAGAGGAUCCAUUUGUACCACAUCAUGUUACCUUUAGAUUGCUGAUGGCUGCUGAGUUGACAGAUGGAAGGCAUCUGGAGAUAUCCUUGCCAUACCUUAAGCCAGUUUUUGCCCAACAGCCAGGCGACCAGCCAGGAUUCCUGCAUCGUCUCCACGAGCAGAAAGUGUGUCUGGAGAGAGUCUUGUGUUUUGAGCUGGCUGUCAUUGGAAUCACACAGGUCCUCAAUAUGGACUUUGAGAAAGAUGUCACAGUUCGCUAUUCUUUCACAGAGUGGAAGAGCUGCACAGAAACUAAGGCUUCUUGGGUGUCCACUGUAACCAAGACCUGGGAAGGAGGAGGGGGCCAAAUCAAUUAUGAUACAUUUCGUUUCCACCUGCCUGUACCUCCAUUCCUGCAGCCAGGGGCAGCGUUACAGUUUGCCAUCCAGUACAAAGUCUGUGGGGCUGAAUACUGGGACAACAAUGAUGGAGAAAAUUACAAGUUAGUUUGCCAUAACUACAAACUGACUGUGCCAAAAGAAUGUGAGGAUAGUAUGGUGCACUUCAUUUAGGAUGCUGAAAAAAAAGUAAAAGUAGAAGAAUCUAUUAAGAGCACUUUAUGACUGUUUAUGUCACUUUAUAAAAUGUAUAACUGCACUGUAACAAUUACAUUUUUUAUACACUAGUGCUAAUGGGACUUCUUGAGUUAAGUUCAAUAUACGCUAUUAACUCUGGACAGACAUAGCCAGAGUGAAAUGAAUAAUCACUAGUGCACUGAUAUGUAAUGCCAACUUUAGUGCCAUGGUUUUCCUUUUGAAUUUUUUUUUAAUGUUAAUUAACAUCCAAUGGAAGCAAUGGAAGUGUAAAUAUUCAGAGAAAGUGAAAUGAAUACACAUUUUCUUCCAGUCAGGUAUUUGACAUAAAACAUAUUUUAUACAAUGCAGGAAUGUAGACUGCAGAGAGAUUUCAGUAUAUUUUACAGUCAAAUGUUGUCAAACAAAAUGUCCAGAGAAAUACAAUUUGAAUAUCUUGAAAUGAAUCAGAAACGGGUGCUUAUUUUGUUAAACAAUAAAGCAUAGUUG